AUGAAUAAUCGAAAAAUUGAUUCUUUUUUCAAGAGGAAAGCAUGUGAAAUUGAAAGAGAAGAAAGAGAUGAAGAAGUUAUAAUCCCGAUAACAGAACCUCAAAGAGAUCUUGAGAAUCCAAUAAUUGAAGAACAUCAUGGCUUUGAAAACUCUUUGGAACGUGAUCCUGGAAAGCGUCCCCCAAUUUGGAAAUAUCCACCAAAUCAAGUGGAUGCAAUACAACGAGCUUAUCUAAAAUGGGGUCCAUAUCAAAUUCAUUUAGAAAACUAUCCUUUGUCCGGUAAUGAAGAUCAUCCAAGAAGGUUUCAACAUACUUGGUUUAGCAUUUUUCCAUCAUGGUUAGAAUAUUCACCAUCCGAAGAUGCGGCAUAUUGCUUACCAUGUUACCUUUUUAGCAAAAAACCAAGUGGACGUCCCGGAUCACAUGUCUUCAUUUCUAUGGGUUUUAGAAAUUGGAAAAAAGUUAGGAAUGGAAAGCAAUGUUCCUUUCUUAAACACAUAGGGAAGGAUCCAUGCUCACCACACAACAAUGCAAUGCAAGCUUGUCAAGACUUAUUGAAUCAAGAUGGUCAUAUUAGAAAUGUUAUUCAAGUGCAAAGUUCGUGUCAAAGAAUGAAUAAUCGGCUACGUCUCAAGACUUCAAUUGACACGGUUCGUUGGUUAACACUUCAAGCUUGUGCUUUUAGGGGUCACGAUGAAACUAGUAAUUCAAAAAAUCAAGGAAACUUUCUUGAGUUGUUAAAACUUUUAGCAUCUUAUAAUGAUGAAAUUGCAAAAGUUGUGUUGGAAAAUGCUCCACAAAAUUGCAAGUAUACUUCACAUCAAAUUCAAAAAGAGCUCUUGCAAAUUCUUUCAAGUAGGGUGAAAAAGCAUAUUCGUGAGAAAAUUGGUGAUUCCAAAUUUUGUAUCGUUGUGGAUGAAGCCCGCGAUGAGUCAAAAAAGGAACAAAUGGCUCUUGUAUUAAGAUUUGUUGAUAAAGUUGGUUUAAUACAAGAAAGAUUUUUUGAUGUGGCACAUGUUAAAGACACCACAUCUUUAACUCUUAAGGAAGCAAUAUGUGAUAUACUUUCUCGACAUAACCUUGAUGUUUCUAACAUUCGUGGCCAAGGUUAUGAUGGUGCAAGCAACAUGAGAGGAGAAUGGAAUGGCUUACAAGCACUCUUUAUGAAGGAUUGUCCUUAUGCGUACUAUGUUCAUUGUUUUGCUCACCGAUUGCAACUUGCGUUGGUUACAUCUUCAAGAGAGGUAAAAUCAGUUCAUAAAUUCUUUGAAAAGUUAACUUUUAUUGUUAAUGUUGUUUGUUCUUCUACGAAGCGCCAUGAUGAGCUACAAGCGGCCCAAUUAGAAGAAAUUGCAUAUUUAUUAGAGAUUGAUGAGAUUGUAACUGGUAAAGGUGCGAAUCAAGUUGGUACUUUGAAACGAGCGGGAGAUACUCGUUGGGGAUCACAUUAUAAUUCUAUUUGUAGCUUGAUAAACAUGUAUGAAGCAACUUGUUCAGUUUUAAAAAAAAUUGCAAGAGAAAGAGGAAGUUAUGCUACACGCGGGGAUGCUGAUAGUUCUUAUAAUUACUUGAAGGCAUUUGAUUUUAUAUUUAUUUUGCACAUGAUGAAAGAAAUUAUGGGGAUAACAGAUAUGCUUUGUCAAGCCUUGCAAAAACAAAAUCAGGAUGUAGUUAAUGCUAUGCACUUGGUUCGUUCAACAAAGAGUUUUAUUCAAGACUUGAGAGAAAAUGGUUGGGAUAUAUUGUUUACUAAAGUGAGAUCUUUUUGUGAAAAACAUGGUAUUGAGAUUCCUGAUCUUAAUGAUAUUCAUCCAACAACAAGAUUUGGACGACCGCGUCUUGAAGAGAAUCAAGUCACAAUUCAACAUUAUUUUAAAGUUGAAAUCUUUUUCACUACCAUUGAUAAACAGUUACAAGAGUUGAAUAGCAGAUUUAGUGAGCAAGCAAUGGAUUUGUUAACCCUUUCUUGUGCUUUGUCUCCUAAGGAUGGAUAUAAAGCUUUUAAUAUUGAUACUAUUUGUUCUCUUGUGGAAAAAUAUUAUCCUAUGGAUUUUAGUGAUCAAGAGAAGAAUAAUUUGCAAUUUCAACUCCAACAUUUUCUAUUUACUGCUCGCAAAGAGUCAAAUUUGAACAAUUUAUCAACUAUUCAAGAACUAUGUUCAUGCUUGGUUGCAACAGGACAGGCUGAAAUUUACUUUUUGAUUGAUAGACUACUCCGUCUUAUCAUGACUCUUCCAGUUUCUACGGCUACAACUGAGAGGUCCUUUUCAGCAAUGAAAAUUAUCAAGACUAAGUUGAGAAACAAGAUGGAUGACGGGUUUCUAGGAGAUAGCAUGACAGUAUAUAUUGUAAGGGAGAUCAGUUCAAGCAUUAGUUCGGAGUCUAUUAUUGAUGGUUUCAAGUCACUCGGAACGCGUAAAGCAUUAUUUUAA